GGUGGCGGCGCGUCUCGUAUAUAAAGCAAGCCAGCACGCCCCCGCCGCCUCGCCUCCCGUUCCACCACCACCCCUCCCUCCCGUGCGUCCCGAAUCCCCGACGCGACGCGGGUUGGAUGGAGUUGGGCAUAUGAUUCGCCACCGUCCCAAUCCCCUCCUCCCCAUCGUCUGCCGGCUCUCGCGGGCGCCGUCGACGAGCCGCCAGCGGUUGCAAUCGAGGACGUGUCGUGAGGCUAAGAGAUGAGCCUGAUUCAAUAUGUGACUGAUGGUGGAGAAGAUGCUUUGCCAACUGAAAUCGUGAAGGUUAUUGAAAGCAUUGAGGUUCAGCUCCCUUCUCUUGCUGGUGACCAGAACCCAUGUGACAUGGUCACUGAUGUGAAGGAAGAUGAAACUAACAAUCGUUCGUUAGUGUUACCUUCAAUUGAUAGUGAAUCCUAUCCUACAGUAAACUUUUUUCCAAAAUUAUUUCUGUGGUAUAUACAAGUUUUGGUUCCUCUGAUUUUUUCAACAUUCUCACUUACCAUUUAUACCAUUCAGAAGCAGCUAGAGGAGACAGUUCAGCCUCUGGGGUAUUUACUGGUGGAGGAGCAGCAAGCCAUGGUUGUUUCUGACAACAAUAGCAAGGAAAGUGAGAAACAAGUACCAACACAACUAUGUCCUUCAAGCCAACAACAAAUACCUAUGUUGGGCUGUGCUGGAAAUGAAGAAAAUCAAGAUGUUUCUCCUAUGAGGUCCAGUAUGGUUUUAAUAGACAACCGCCCACUGUCAUAUGACUUAUCGGACAUUGAUAAUCUUUCUGACGAUUCCCCUACAAGGAACUCUAAUGAUGAUAGUGAUCACAGUGAUGGUUUUUACCAUUAUGAUCCAAUAUGUCGUUACCAUGACCCCUACUAUCCAUUUAUGCAUAGAAGCCAGAGAAGAAACUUUGGAUAUUUGUGUAUUUGUAAUGCUAGAAGAAACCGUUGGCAUGGUGACUAUUCAUGUACCCCUGAUUUAAUAAACCCAUGCAAUCCCAUGGCUUCUCGUGAUACUGAACCUUGGAGACGUUGGACCCCUCCUGAACCAUACCAUGGAAAGAAAAGAUACGAUUUGGCUUCUGUUCAUACUGGGCUUGCGAGUCGUUGGUCCUCUACAGAACCAUAUUGUGGGAAGAAAAGAUACAGUGUGGGUGCUGGGCUAUCCAACCCUCAUUGGUGGACAUGUUUUCUCAAUUGCAUCCUCCAAUGUAUGGUUCAUACUGUUCCCCUUGUAUUGAAGCUCCGGAAAGCUGAUCACCCAGAUCCAUGUCCUCGUGCUUCUGUCGGAUUCUGCUGUUUCUGCUCCCUAAAACUGCAUGCUGCUGAAUCUAUCAGGCUUUCUGGAAGUGCAUUCUACCCUGAGAGUUUUGUAAAUCACUUGAAAUCAAUUUCGUCAAAUUUUGAGAGUGGAGUACAGCAAGAUGCGCAGGAGUUCUUCUGCGACUUGCUUGAAAAAUUGGAUAAGGCCUCCCUUGCUCCCAGGUCCUCGUUAGAGGAACCCUCUACAACUGAAGAAGGGGGCAUUGCAAAAGAAAUAUUUGGAGGCCGCCUAAAAAGCCAGCUGUGUUGCCCAGAGUGCAACCGUUGCUCAGAUAAAUCCGAACCUUUUCUGGAUCUUAGCUUGGAAGUUAACAUGGUGGAGAGUCUGAUGGAUGCCUUGCAAUCUUUUACAAAAGUUGAGUUGAUUGAAGACUUCAUGUGUGAUGGAUGCAAGUCUCGUGUGAACAUGGAAAAGCACUUCAAGGUAGAGCAGGCGCCUGGAGUUCUUGUAAUCCAUCUAAAGAGGUUCACUAAUUCCGGGGGUAAGAUUUUGGACAAGGUCAAGUACCCGUUAGAGCUGGAUAUAAACUCCUUCAUGAGCUCCUUGGAUGAUACACCACAAAAGUAUGAUCUAUAUGGAGUUGUAGUACACCAUGGUAUAUAUGGCAGGGGUCACUAUGUUUGUUAUAUCCGGUCAUCUGUAGAUGAUUGGUAUGAAUUCAAUGAUGAUAAGAUAUGCAGAUAUUCUGAGGCUAGCGUUUUGGACAGUGCAGCAUAUCUUCUUUUCUAUGUGAAGCAAGGUUCAUCCCCUUGGUUCUCCACCUUGCUUGAGAAAGAAGACAAGUUUCUACAGGAUGGUUCAGUAAGCUUGGCAGACCAAGGUACCAGUGUAAUGUGUUCUCCUGGGCAAGAUAAUUCAGGUUACUGCUUGGCUGGACCAGCAGAGCAGAAUGGAAACGGGCCUGGUCUGCUGGACUUCUCCCAGGACAUACAAUGUAAUGGAAGUGGUGAUGCCUUGUCAGAUGCAUCAGAUAAGCUGGCAGAAGGUUGUUGCUUGGGUGGAAUGUCAGCAGGAACACAAGAACUGAGCUGCCUUACUGGAUCAGGCGAUAAGAAUGGCCGUGCUGGCGGAUUUUUGGAGCCAUGGGAGAAGGAAGAUGUCAGCCCAAUGGGAUCACUGGACUCGGAUGAAAUGAACCCAAGCACACAUGGAUCGUCAGAAGUUGAUCCUGCAGUCACACAGGAAGGUUCACCGCUAAAGCGUGAGAACAUCUGCAGCUUACUCCAACUGUCACAUAAAUGCGACGACAACUGCCAUUGCAUGAAUUUCUCCUCGCACGAAGAUGAUGAAACCGGGGGUUGUUCUGGAGCGCCAUCUAUGGGGAUGGGCACCUCAGAGACUGAAACAGUAGAGUCCAAGUCCAACCAUGAAUUUGGGGACAGCGAGGUCGGCGCUAAUAAGGGCUGCUGGGAAGAAGACAGCGCAGGGUGUGUGAGUGAGAAGCGGAAGAGGCCCUCGUCCGCGGAUACAGAUGGUGGUGGUGGCCGGGAAUCGAAGAAGCCCCUCGCCGCAGCUAACGGAACUCGGGCGCCGUAGCCGUAGCCGUAGGUGCCCAUGCGUCCGAAUCACUAUACGCAGGGAUCAUGAAUUGCCUGCCUUCCCUCAUGUUCUGACGCUUGCAACCGAAGUACCGAACAGGAACAGAUACAGUUGUUAGAAGAUAAUUAAGGGGUGAUCUCAUCCCUUAAUCCAGUCAACAGGGUGUUGACUAGAAACCGUUCCCACGCACCCCUCUCUGUUGUGCGAAUCGGCAGUUACUACUGUGUACAUGUAUAAAUACAUCAUUUUGAUCAAUGGAAAGUUUGGUUGGUUGUUUUUGCCA